AUGCUGACUCCCUCCUGCUCUCCGUUCAAAACUACCGAUCGAACGUGUUCCAGUCAAACGACACCAUUAUUGCGCCCCCCACCUCAUUAACUCCGUCCUCUUGUUUAUACUAGAUCAAUAUUUAUCGUUUUUUUUUCACGAGAGACGUGUGGGAGGCAGAUACGAGGGAGCGAUGGGAGAGAGAGAGAGAGAGAAAGAGAGAAGAGAGAGGAACCUGCCCGCAGCCUUUCAUGGUUGGUUGACUCAAUGAGGAGGAGGAUAAGGAAGUCUGUUCUCCAUCCGGUGUCAGAGACUCUUCUCAUACAGUAGAAGAGUCGCCUACGACUCUGCGCCGAAUCAUUUUAGCACGUGUGCGCGUGAACAGAGGCUCGCCGUACGAUGGGAAAGACUUUGGAGAAGAUGGCCUUCCUUCCCCGCGUGAUCAUUUGCAUUUCAAAAAUCUCCUACAGUGGACAGUAAAGAGAGAGAGAGAGAGAAGGGAUGAGAUGAGAAGAGGAGAGAGAGAGGGAAAGAUAUGAGAUGAGAAGAGGAGAGAGAGAGAGAGAAUAGAUGAGAUGAGAAGAGGAGAGAGAGAGAAUAGAUGAGAUGAGAAGAGAAGAGAGAGGGAGAGAGAGAAAGAGAAGAAGAGAGAGAGAGAGAAGAGACGACGAGGAGGAGGAGAAGAGAAGAGAGAGAGAGAAAGAUAUGAGAUGAGAAGAGGAGAGAGAGAGAAUAGAUGAGAUGAGAAGAGAAGAGAGAGGGAGAGAGAGAAAGAGAAGAAGAGAGAGAUAGAGAAGAGACGACGAGGAGGAGGAGAAGAGAAGAGAGAGAGAGAGAGAAAGAUAUGAGAUGAGAAGAGGAGAGAGAGAGAAUAGAUGAGAUGAGAAGAGAGAGAGAGAAUAGAUGAGAUGAGAAGAGAGAGAGAGAGAAUAGAUGAGAUGAGAAGAGAAGAGAGAGGGAGAGAGAGAAAGAGAAGAAGAGAGAGAGAGAGAGAAGAGACGACGAGGAGGAGAAGAUAA